GGUAACCUUUCCUAUUCUUUUCACCUGCUCUUCCCCAUCUUCUGUCCCUAGCGAUCAGACCCUCUCCCUUGAGCUUGACAGUGGCACGGCACCGACUCCCCCAGAUGAUCCAUCAGACUUACAAUUCUCUUGAUCCUCGUCCCAGCCGUCACAGACCAUUCCCGGCCCCGAUAUCAGUACCUCUUCCAAUUCAGCGACUCCCACAAUCGAGCUGGGAGUUUCAACCCAGUCACCACCUGCACCUCAGUCCACCUACUCCACUCAAUCCCUUGCUAAUAUCCACCCAAUGCAAACCUGAGGGCACACUUGAUCAUGGUUUGUGGCUACGACCCUCUACACAAGCCACUUGUGUAAUUGCUUAUUCAGAUGCAGGUUGGGUUGGAUGCCCAGAUACCUCACGUUCUACUACUGGGUUUGCAAUCUUUUUAGGUCCAACUCUUGUAUCUUGUAAGUCUAAAAAG